CAAAAGCAGCUGCUUUUGUGGAAGAACUUGCCAGUCUAGACGCAGCUGUUAAGUGUAGUUAAUCCACCUCUCUCAGAGGCACUAGGACCUGCGGAAGAAUUUUUUUCUCAGUCUUGCUGUGUCUGUGUUGGGACCUAGGUCAACCUAAUUAUUCUGCACAGAAUGUGAAACUUUAUACCACCUUGAGCGAAGAAGCCAGACCUAAUGAGGGUACCCUUAAAAUGACAUAAGAGCCUCUGUGCAGAUUUUUGCACCCAUUUAAAUUUAAACCAAUAGCUUUAGUCAAUGCAAUGCAACUUUUUCAUGCUGGUAGGGGCCUUGUGCAAAGUACUUUUGAUACAUGUGCACACAGGAGAUUAAAUAAAAAUAUGUGAAAUUUGGAACAAAAGAGACAAGAUUCCAGGACUUCUGUGAGUAAGGCUGCAUGAAGACUACAAUUUGAAUGAGGGAUGCUUUUAAAAAGUGAGAUGUAAAUAAUAGUUUUCUAGAAACAGAUCCUCAAUGCAAAUAGGAGGGAAUAUCCCAAAGCAGAGAGACUUGGCAGAACUGAAAGUAUUUGGUCUGACCAAGUCAUUUAUGCCUUCUGUGUUUUAACAUUAAAUUACAUGCAUCUCUUUCAUGCUCUGGAUAUGCAUAACUUUAACAAUAUCAGUUUAUUUACAGUGUCCAGUGUUAGACUGCUCAUUCUGUUCCACUAAAUGUCCCCAGCAAACAAAAAUAAAAUAAUUGUGGUGUAUUCCAUGGCCCACAAGAAAGAUUCAAGCUUGUGAAUAACUUUACUCCUGUGAGUAACUGUAUUGCACUCAGACUACUUACAAGAGUGUGCUUUGCAGAACUGGGUCCUAAAUCCCUUUUAGCUUUGUACCUGUUGUAAGUAGUGAUUUGUUGGUAAUGUUGCCAAAAAAGAAAUGACAAUAUUAUCUUUUACCAUAUGAGAAUAAUUUCCAUUUAUUUUAAUGAGAAGUUGCAGUAUAUACAUAUUUAGCAUAUAUAUAUGCUCCAUGUGUGCUCUAAAUUAUACAUGAUAAAGUAUGCUCUUGUUUUCUGUGAUUUCAGUGUAUAAAAUAAAGUAUGCCCAAGGUAACAUUAAAUGGCAUCACAGUGGACUUUCCUUUUCAACCAUACAAAUGUCAGGAGGAAUACAUGACUAAAGUGCUCGAGUGCCUCCAGAAGAAGGUGAAUGGCAUUUUGGAGAGUCCCACAGGUACAGGGAAGACAUUGUGCCUCCUGUGUGCCACUUUGGCUUGGCGGCAGCAUUUUAAAGAUGCCAUCUCAGCACGGAAAAUUACACAGCAAAUGAAUGGAGUGGAACUCUUUCCUGACAGACCCAUAUCAUCCUGGGGUGAUUCGGUGAAAGAUGCUGAAAUCCCAGCUUAUUACACUGAUAUUCCUAAAAUAAUUUAUGCCUCCAGAACACAUUCUCAACUUACACAGGUCAUCAGUGAGUUAAAGAGCACAGUCUACAGGCCAAAAGUGUGUGUGUUGGGUUCCAGAGAGCAGCUUUGUAUUAACCCAGAAGUUAAGAGACAGGAGAGUAACCAUAUGCAGAUUCACAUGUGCCGAAUGAAAGUGAUGGCUCAUACUUGCCAUUUCUAUAACAAUGUGGAGGAAAAGAGUACAGAGAAGGAACUGACUAACUCCAUCUUAGAUAUUGAGGACUUGGUUAAAAACGGAAACAAGCACAGAGUUUGUCCUUAUUACUUAUCUCGGAACCUGAAGCAGCAAGCAGAUAUUAUUUUUAUGCCUUACAACUAUUUACUAGACUCAAAGAGUCGGAGAGCACACAACUUAGAUCUGAAAGGAACUGUGGUCAUACUUGAUGAAGCUCACAAUGUGGAGAAAUUGUGUGAAGAGUCAUCUUCUUUUGACUUGACCCCAUACGACUUGGCUUCAGCUUUGGAUGCUAUAAAUGUGGUACUGGAAGAACAAGCCAAAGUAGUUCAACAAAAUGAAAUCCAUGCUGAAUUCAAUAUGGAAUUUGCCAACUCAGGACUCAGCAUGGAGCUUGAAGAUAUAGCAAAGAUAAAGAGGAUUCUUCUUCAACUGGAAAAUGCUAUUGAUGCUGUGCAGCUGCCCGCUAAUGGGAAUGGAGUCACUAAAGAAGGGAGCUACAUCUUUGAUCUGUUUGCAGAGGCCCAGAUCACAUUCCAAACCAAAACCUCCCUCCUGGAGUCGCUGGAACAGAUUGAACAAUUUCUGUCAGGCCGUACUGGGAUCUUUACCAACACAGCUGGAUUACAUAAACUUUCAGACAUUAUUCAGAUUGUCUUUAGCAUUGAUCCACCAGAAGGCACGUCCAGUUCCAUGCCAAUUCAGUCAGUAUCCAAGUAUUAUAAGGUGCACAUUCAUAUGGAUGCCAGUAAUCAGAAAAAAAAGCAAAGGACAGACCUAUGGAGUUCAUCAGUAACAAAACAAGAAGGAAAGAUCUUGAGCUACUGGUGUUUCAGCCCUGGGUACAGCAUGCACGAACUCGUCCGUCAGGGAGUCCGGACAAUCAUUCUCACAAGUGGAACCCUCUCCCCACUCUCCUCCUUCACUAUGGAAAUGCAAAUUCCUUUUCCUGUUUGCUUGGAGAAUCCACAUGUUAUUGAUAAACACCAGAUCUGGGUGGGGAUAAUUCCCAAAGGACCAGACGGAGGUUUGCUCAGCUCUACCUAUGAAAAAAGGUUUUCUGUGGAAUGUCUGUCGUCUCUGGGGAAAACAAUAGGUAAUCUUGUGCGAAUUGUACCACACGGGCUGCUGGUGUUCUUCCCUUCAUAUCCAGUCAUGGAUAAAAGCCUGGAGUAUUGGAGAGAGCAUGACUUUGCCAAAAGAAUAGAAGAGGUGAAGCCAAUGUUUGUGGAACCAAGGAAUAAAGGGACUUUCACAGAGGUCAUGGAUGCAUAUUAUGAUAAGAUCGUCUGUUCCAAGUCUAGUGGAGCUACUUUCUUGGCAGUAUGUCGGGGGAAGGCCAGCGAAGGCUUGGACUUUGCAGACACGAACGGCCGAGGUGUUGUUAUCACUGGGCUUCCAUUUCCCCCUCGCAUGGAGCCAAGAGUCGUUUUAAAGAUGCAAUUCCUGGAUGAAAUGAAAAGACUAGGCUCAGGGGCAAAGUAUUUAUCCGGGCGUGAGUGGUACCGGCAGCAGGCUUCUCGGGCUGUGAACCAGGCCAUAGGCAGGGUUAUCAGACAUCGCCUGGACUAUGGUGCCAUUUUCCUUUGUGACCACAGGUUUGUGAGCAAUGAUGUAAGAUCCCAGCUACCCUCUUGGGUCCGUCCUUAUGUCAAGGUGUACGACAAUUUUGGGCAUGCAGUGAGAGAAGUCUCCCAGUUCUUCCGUGUUGCUCAAAAAAUCAUGCCCCCACCCCCAAUACGGGGCUCCUCCUGCCCUAGCACCACAUGUGAAGGGGACCCGACAUCAUCCACAUCAUUUGAGCAACUCCUCUCCCUGACAAAAGCCAAGAAUUUAGAUGACCAUGUUCCUAGUUUGAAGAGGAAGCGGGCGGGGCUGCUGGCAAACAGGGAUGGAGCAACCAGCCUGUGUGUGGAGUAUGAUCAACAGCUUAUCCCAUCCAGGAGGCAGCCCAUUGGACUCCUGGAUGCACUGGAGCAUAAUGAGAAGAGCAGUGGAGGGGUAGAAGACGACCACUUGCCAGGAGAGGAAAAGGCCAAACGUUUAUCAACACUCUCCCUUCAGUAUGAGAAGCGAUUAACAGAUGAGCAGAAAGGAGGAAGAAAGAAAAUAAAAAUAGUCAACAAUCUGCAAGCUGACAAAGUAGCAGACCCUGCUGAGCCAAAGACGACCAGGGCCACAGUGUUUAUUGCAACAGUGAAGCAAGCCCUGAGCCAGCUACACUACGACCUCUUCUCAAAGGCUCUGCAGCAAUACAAGAGGACAGAUGACUUCCAAGCCAUGUUAUCCCAAAUGAGCUCUCUUUUCUUGGAGGACCAGAAAAAGCACAUCCUGCUGCGAGAAUUUUACCAGUUUGUGCGACCUCAGCAUAAAAAGCAGUUUGACGAAGCGUGCUGUAGCCUGACUGGACUGGGCUGUGGCUACAAACCUGAGCACAGCCUCCUGCGAGAGGAGAGAGAAGUGUUGGCCCAGAAGGCAGGGGAAAAGCAGUGCCUGCAGAAAACGACGUUCUCAGAGGGUUCGUCUAGCCAGCUGAACUCCCAGCUACACCUGAACAAGGGAGGUGCCCACCUAACCUCUGGACUGAAUAGAGCAGGAGAAGAUCCCACCCCUAUCCCUAAGGAGGGCCCUGAAGCGACAUCAAGCUCUCUCAGGGAGGACCCCCAUGAGCUGGUCAGGGUUACAUACCUCAAUGAUCUGAGAAAAGCUUUCGACAAAACCAGCUACAGCCACUUCUGUGCAGCACUGUCGGCGUAUAAGAAGACAGAUGACUAUGAUGCCAUGGUGUCGGUGGUAGCUGCCCUCACCACCGAGAAUCCAGAGCACUUCCACCUCCUGCAACGGCUCUGCAUGUUUGUGCGUCCUCAUCACAAAGAGCAGUUCAGGCGAAUGUGUAAAGAACUGACUGGAAUGAGCUGCAGUGUGGAGAAGAAAUUGCAAGAGGAAGUGCAGGAAGCCACGAGCUCUCUGAAUUUGGAAAAUUCAUGUUCCAAAGAAGAAGAGAGUGAAACUCAGGACAAAACUGUCAGCCACGCACCAGCCACAUUCAAGAGUGCUAUGCGAAGAAAAACCCAGAGCAAGAUUUUCUCCUUCUGUAGUAAUCAGAACAGCAAACCUGGCUUGCAAAAGACAUUGACAGGAUCCAGGAGCAUAAGAGCACCUACCAACCCACAGAGUUCACCUGUCUUGCCUCUCAAUAUGGAGCCAGAUUGUGGAAGAUUCCAGUGCUCUAAAUGCAAAUCUGAGGAUGCUGUGCCUUUUAAAUGCCAGUUAUGUGACUUCACUUGCUGCAAAACAUGCUGGGAACAGUUCUUAAAGAUUGCUAAAAAGUGCCCAGAAUGCCAAUCUGAUACCAAGAGGAAGCAUUUAGCCCAAGUUUUUUUCCUGCCAUAACCUCCCUGACAAAGGGCAAGUACGUCACGUCAGCAGUGGUUAAAGAGCCAGCAGAAAAGGAGAGUGGAAAAAGAAGCAAGGUGCACGUUCAUUUACAGACCCAUCAUCGCAUCAUUCCACUCCUUGGAAAAACUCAUCACUCCCAAAAGACCUCUUCUCGUUUCUCUUUCUGCAAAAGAGGAAAGACGUAAUGUCCUGAGAAUUAUAAUGAAAUGGUCUUCAUUUCUUAUCUGUUUGAAUCAGCAGAUUCUUCUGCACUUUGGUCCUUUUAGGUUGAACUUUGAUAGCCUGGAGGCGUGUUUCAGUAAUUGCCUCCUCUCAAAUAUUUACUCAAUCCUGGAAAAUUCCCAGCAGCGGUCUUGCUGUUGCAAUGCACGUGCUGAAUAAGUGUGUCAGGCCAUGUGUCCAUUUUGAAUCACCUUUUAUAGGAAUACCACUGACCAGAGCUGUUACUGCCAGGGAUUUGAGAAGUGUCAAGUGGGGAAAGCCUUUUUUAAAUUCCAAUAGUUUUAUGGCACUUCACUGAUAAUACAGACUAAAUGCAUCUUGUGCAUGCAUCCAUUCACGCAUGCCUUCACCGGCUCUCCUCAGUGGCCUGUUUCCUUUAUUGCUCUAAAUACUGAAUGAUGCUCUGAACGGUCUUCCAAAGAGGAUUUGGCUUCUUCUGAGGCCUUUGCACAUCCGUUGUGUUUCAUGUUUAUGUUUUCAGAAGUGUAGUGGGGAGAGUGAAAGGAUCAUUCCUGGUCUUCCAAAGUGAGCAUACAAACUGAUUUUAAAUUCUAUCAAGUUGGAAAAGGAAACACUUCGACAUUUUUCCUCUCUGAGGGUAUUAUUGUUUUGUUCAUUUAAGGAAUUGUAUCAAUUUUAAAACAGCAGUGGAGAUUCUAAAAUAAACUGUAAAUAAAAAUGAA